CCGGCGCCCGCGCUGCUGCUCGUGCUCGCCGUGCUCGCGCGGACCUCCCUCGAGCAGGACGAGGACAUCCCGCACAACGAGGUGAAAAAUUGGGCUCUGAAGUUCGGUGUUGGUCUUUGGGAGUUCAGCCGGCAAUUCACGAAAAUGGUUGACAUACAAAAGAAAUACCAAGACCACGAUGUUGACGUAACACGAAAGGAUGGCCUGAUCCUCAUACGGGAAAUGGCGCUCGAGGUGAAGAACAUGAUGGACAUCAAGAUGCACGCGGUGAUGAGGAUCAUGGACUCGGCGGAGCAGGCGGCGCUGUCACACCGCCCGGAGCGGUCGUCGGGUGCGCGCUACUACAACUCGCGCCGCCUCAACGAGUACGGGCCGGACGGCCGGCUGCGGCCCGGCUACCAGGAGAUGGCGCUCACGCCCAACCGCCACUUCGACCAGCUCGCCGUCAACACCAGCCUCAGCGCCGUGCUCAUGCCGCCCGACGUGCACGACUCAGACGCUGAGGUUAUGAACGCGAUCAGGUGGUCGGAACACCUCGAUCCGCUGUUCGUAAACAACUACGAGAUCGAUCCCUCCCUGUCGUGGCAAUACUUCGGCAGCGCUUCUGGCUUUCUGCGACGAUAUCCAGCGAUUAAGUGGCCUCCGGAUGAAGCGUCUGCCAGAAGUGACCAGGAGCUGCACGACUUCCGGAUGAGCUCGUGGUACAUCGACGCUGCCACCAGCCCCAAGGACGUCGUCAUCCUUCUGGACAGCUCUGGCUCCAUGACGGGCCUCAGGAGGGACCUGGCGACGGCAGUCGCCUCCGCCAUACUCGACACCCUCGGCAACAACGACUUCGUGAAUGUUUACAAAUUCUCGGAUACCACGGAGGAGCUGGUCGCUUGCUUCAAAGACAUGCUAGUGCAGGCGAAUAUGGAAAACAUCAGAGAACUGAAAAACAACUUGGAGUCACGAAAAUCGGAAAAUAUCGCCAAUUUUUCGUCUGCACUGGUAACAGCAUUUGACAUAUUACAGAGGUACAACAAAAGUUCAUUAGGCUGCCAGUGUAAUCAGGCAAUAAUGUUGAUAACAGAUGGACCACCAGAUAAAUAUCGUGAAAUAUUCAAGCAUUAUAACUUCCCACAUAUGCCUGUGCGAGUAUUCACAUAUUUAAUAGGCGCUGAUUCUUCUAAUGCUGAAGAAAUGCAUUGGAUGGCAUGUGAAAAUAAAGGUUAUUAUGUUAGAAUAGGGAGUAAGUCUGAGGUUAAGGAGAAAGUUCUUAAAUACAUAUCAGUGAUGGCAAGACCAAUGGUUAUGUAUCAGAAUGAUCACCCAAUCCAGUGGACGCCAGUCUAUGCUGGAGGAAGGGGUGACAAUUUUUAUGGGGCUGCACAAGAUGGCCAGCUGAUGACCUCUGUCUCCACUCCUGUCUUUGACCGUAAGAAUUAUUCAGAAAGAGUGGCCAAUUUACUAGGUGUGGUAGGCACUGAUGUUCCUGUAGAACAAAUUAAGAAACUGGUGCAGCCAUAUAAGCUUGGUGUCAAUGGCUACUCUUUCAUUAUUAACAACAAUGGUCAUAUAUUGUACCAUCCAGAUCUCCGGCCAUUGAUCAAGAAUGGAAAUGGUCAGUUUCAGGAAACACUGAAGCCUAAUUAUAACAGUGUAGACUUAACGGAAGUUGAGUUGGUUGACAGUGAUGGUGGACCACGAGAAAACAACACGCUGUUACUAGAUCUGCGGCAUGAUAUGAUUGACCAAAAGGAGGGAGAGACAGAGCUUAGUGUCAAAAUCCACUAUGAUGAAAUGAGGCGUGUCACUACUAGAAGACAUAAAUAUUUUUAUAAUCCAAUAGAAGGAACUCCAUUCUCUCUUGGUCUUGCCAUUCCAGAAGGUUAUGGGAUGUAUGAAGUGAAAGGUGAACAGGAGUUGAAACUGCGACCUGUAAAUCUUACAGAAUUUUUCAAAGGGAACAACUGGCGAGUGCACCCAGAAUGGGUUUACUGUGAAUACAACUAUGCCUCUGAAAAUACAUUUAAAACACCUGAAGAACAGGUGCUCCAUUUUUUGUCAAGAACUCGUAAGCCUGGAUGGAAAUGGAUGUCACUGAGGCCAAGAUCACCACUCAGAGAUGGACAUCCUAACAUGAAGAAAAUGGAGAAGGACUCAUAUUUCUGUGACAAGACAUUGAUGCAGUCUCUUGUGUAUGAUGCAGUGAUUACAGAUGGCCUAGAACGGCAGACUCCUUCAUCAGUUGGCCAAGAUACAAACCCGUUAGCCAUGCUGAUGGCUCUACUUCACAGACAAGGAUACCAAAUGUUUGGGGUGACAUUAUCAUUCAUAGCAACACGAAGUGGAUUACUACGUUGGCAAGAUCAUAUUCCUCCUAGUACAACUGACAGCAGUCAGCCAAUACGUCAUUUUAGUGAAGAUAAUCGUCGUGCAAUUGAUGAAGUUUGGUACAAAAGGGCAGUUGACCAACAUAAUAUAGAACCAGAAAGUUUUGUUUUCUCUGUUCCAUUUGAUAUUGGUUCGGUGCCCAAAACCCUUGUAACAGCAACACACGCAGUUUUUGUAGAAUCAAAAGGUCAUCAAGCACCAGCUGCUGUGGUUGGCCUCCAGUUCCAACAUUCCACAUUGGCUGCUCACUUCCUGAAUAUUACAGCAACAUGUUCAAACUGCAAGAAAACGUGUGUAUCUGAUGAACUGGACUGCUAUGUACUGGACAAUAAUGGAUUUAUUAUUAUUUCUGAAAGUCUUGAUAAUACGGGAAAGUUCUUUGGUCAAAUUGAUGGAACAAUAAUGGACUCCUUGGUACAAGAUAAAAUUUAUAAGAAAGUUGCAGUUUACGAUUAUCAAGGCGCCUGUGUUGAUCAGAAAUCUCCAUACAGUGCUGCAGGAAUUCAUGCAAGUCCUCUCCUGCCAAUGAAAUGGUUCCUGCAAUGGGUCGUCAGCAAAUUUCUUUGGUUAUUGAUGAAGACAAAUGUCUAUCAGCUUUGGGAUCCUAGAUGGACUUUUGCUGACGAUGAUGGAACUGCAUACACUGAAGUUGAAGCAGAUACAUUUGUAACAAGAGAUGAUGGUGCUUCCCUUCCAACUAGUGAAGGAUCUCUUCCUGAGAGACAAGGCUAUCAUACUUACAUGACACCUGUGGUUCAUCACAUAAAUCCAGCAAAUAAGACACAACCAAGACCAUGUGAUAAACGAGUAGAUCUCUAUAUCUUACAGCCAGAUCGACUUAAUAUCAAUCCACUGAAAGGAAAGCUAACAAACUGCCAUUCAACAGGAUGUGAAAGACCUUUCAGUGUUCAAAAAAUACCUAAAAGCAAUUUAAUUCUGUUGGUUGUUGACACUCUAUGCCCAUGUGGCAGCAAACAACUUAGUAUAGUACCACAGGAAGUAACUUAUGAUUCUGUAUCUGAAGCAGAAGGAUCACACUGUCGUAAUAAGCCACAGGAGGCAAUGUACAGAAGAAGGCCUCCAAAGUGUAUGAAUUAUCACCCAGAGGAAAGUGAAAUUAGGGCCUGUGGCCAUGGAAGUGUUUCGUCCUUGUCUCCUUGGGUGCUACUCUACUGUUUAUUUAUGUGGACUAUUAGGGCAAUAUCAGUCUCAUUAUGACUGACUGUUUUAUAAUAAAAUACCAUUUUUCUGUGUUUAUUUUUCUGUGAGUUUGUCUCAAGAAGAGAAAUAAAAUGAAUGUAAUUACAAUCUAUUGCUGCAAUGGUAUGACAGUGACAUUACAGCAGACUUAAUAAAAAGUGAACAUCAAUUAUUAACAGAUUACGUUGAGCCUACAAUAACAUGAAUGUUUUAUUUUUAUUGUGUGUAAUUUCAGACAGGUGCUACAGGAUUUUGUUAAGAAACAUCAAGUUUUAAAUGUUCAUGGAGGAAGUGGUAUCUUCAGUGACAAUUAUUUUGAAUAACAUUUGUGGGAUAGGCAAAAUAUCACUAUAUAUUUAACACAGUGGGCUGUGUAAAUCAAUUUAUUCAUUAUCAGACAGUCAUACAUUAUUUCUUACAUUAGAAUGAAAUGUUUUACUAUUGGUGUUCAAUGGUAUUAAGUUAUUUGAUCAUCUAAAAAACUGAGAUGAAUUAUUACUGUGGAUCACAAUUUGGACUGGUACCACAAGUACUGUGUUACUACUUCCUUCACUCACCAGAUUCUGUUUCUUUACAGAGAAAUGGUGUAAAUAAAAGUGUAAUUUGUAUACAAAAUAAUAUCAUUAACUCUGUUAAGAAAUCAUUAAAAGUUUUAUAUUAGUGUAGAUAAGAUAUCUAUUAGUUCCUGAAUUAUUUAUUUUCGGAAAUUUUAGUCCAGAUAUAUAUAUGUAUAUGUACUAUGUAUCAUUUUCUUUUUAAUUGUCAAAGAAUGUUUGUCCCUUGGACUGAACAAUACUUUAUUUUUUAUAUAAGAUUGUAGUGGGUUGUUUUUGAGCGUAUUGUGAAAAGCUUAUCAAAAAUGUGACACUUCGUUUUGGUAUCAAAAAAAUUAGUAGUUGAAUUUUUAUGUGCUAUGGUGGAUUGAUUGAAGUCUUUCUGUUGAAGUAUGUAUGCUGUCAUAACAAUGUUAUAUUUCUAAUUUAUCAUUUUUAAUUAUUCUUUUCAAAUUUGUGAAAAUAAUUUCCAAAUGUUCAAUUAAUUUUACUCUCAAGAGAGCCAAUUUGUUAUAUCAAUACUUCACAGAAAACUAAUUUUCUUUGUAAGACCUAAUGCAAAAUAUGUUUUAUGCAAAUCAGGGGUCAUUGGAUUGAAAUAACCUGCUCUUGGGUCCACUAUAAUGGACUUUAUGUUCAGCUCAUCAUAUAUCAUUAUCCAUUUUCUUACAACCAUAAACAUAAUUAUAGGACAAUUUUCACAAAUCAUUUAAAACAGACUGCCCCUUUUGCAAUGAUCAAUACUGUAGAUUAGUAGAUGCUACAGAUUUUUACAUCCUAAAUUUUUCAUAGCUACAUUGGUUCAAACCUACAGAAGCCAGCAAGAAGUAAACUUAAUACUUUUUAAAGAAAAAUUUCUUCUGCUCUUCAGCUGUGCCAAACACUUAAACUGACAUUGUUUUAAUAUUUCAGGCAUAAGUACUGCAAUACAAACAUAUCCACAUGAACAUAUCUCUGCAAAUAAGAACCAAUCAUUAAACAUAACAUUAAAUGAAACAACUAGACCAAAUCUGCCAUAUGGAAAAACUAUUAAUUAUCCAUCAAUUUCAAGUAGUAACCUUCCUAAUACAUAUCAGUGAUAUUAACCACUACAACCCUUAUCCCACUUCUGAUUUUCUUGUGCAGUUUGAUAUUGUCUGUAGAUCAUUAAGUGUUAACUUAUUAAAUAUAUAUAUAAUUAUGCCCAUAUGCUUCAGAUGGACUAGGAAAAGAAAUGCUUUUUCUGGAGUGAUGCCUUCUUGAUCUUCCCCUGCAUCUGUUAAUGGAGAAUGAAAUGCACACUGUAUUUGAAAAGCUCCUUGAAUGCCACAAAUUCUAAACAGUUACCUAGGCUAAACCUCAUCUCAUUACACAAAGAUGCAGGAUUUACUUUGCCAUGUAUGAAAGAUACAGAAAUUAAUCACUUAGAAGCAAAUAAUGAAAGUAUUGUAACAAUGAGACAAUAAGUUUAACAAAUAGACUGACUCAGCCAGUUGUAUGCAGACUCGCUGUUUCUACUGCACCAAGAAAUACACCAAAUAUCUUUAAAUAAAAGUAUUUGUGUUUAUUGAUCUUCAAAAACAUUUCCAUUUCAACUAUGACAUCUUUUUUUCUUUUUUUUUUUUUCACAAUUUCUCUCUGACUUUGAACCCAGCAAAUCUUUAAUGGAUAGUUUUAGGAAGAUACACAAAGACUAUGUGAUGAUAAUUCAUUGCAGAAAAUGUUCAUUAUUGUUCAGAAGAAAAUGGUUUUAUAUUAGCAAAAACACUGGAACUUUGACACUACAAAAUGAGCACAACUACGCAAACUUUACUGUUAGAAAUACCUCAAAGAGUAAAAGGAAAAAUUACUACUACAAAUGAAAUGAAACUUAAUAGAGACAUACAUUUGUGUUGAAUGUGGUUGUUCAUACUGUAACUUUUUAUACCAGUAUUAAGAAAUCUUAUAAAUUAGAAAUACAGUAGAAAUGUGUGCAUGUUUCUGUGUGUGAGCAUGUUUUGCAUAAUUUCUUAUAUGUGAAAAGUACCUCAUACUGAUACACAAUAAGAAAAAAAGAUGUACUUUGUAAUCAGAUUGCAUUUCUGUGGUGUGCUAUAUGUACUGUAUGUAUCCUAGCAGUGCUCCAUGGCCAUUACAGCAAACCAUACCUCUUCUGAAGGGGUAAGAGGAACAUCAGUUACCAUCCUCAAAUGACCUGCGGCCUACUGUGCAAAAAGAAACUGCAAUAAUUUAUUUGUGUCAGAAUAAGCUGGUGCAAAUCUCAAUGGAACAAUAAUUGGACAAUCCACCUUCAAUGAAAGAAAAACUUAUAACAUAAACAAUUCAUGUUGCUGUGAAUAAAGGUUACAAUAAUGAGGUGGUGAUAAAUUAUAGUGAAUUGAGAUUUAUUUUUUAAUCUCUAUUUAUCAAGAAACUUACAUAAAAGGAAGCAUGACCGUGUGUUCAUCAGUGCACAAAUAGUAAGAAAGGUGUGAUGACUGAAAGUUUUUCCUUGAGUAUUCUAUUGUUAAAGCUAAAAAGUGACAGGGAGUGAAUUUUCCUUUUUAAUUGUUUACCAAGUACAUUUUUCCAUCUCACAGUAAUUUUUAAAAGUCAUAUGCAUUUUUCAUGCAUUUUGCCUGUGCUCUGCCGUGUGGUUAUGCUAUACUAUAUGGUGUGAUAUACUUACAGGGAGUAUUAGAUCGUGGUGGUCUGUUACAAAAGGAGGCUUGACUUUUGAAGGGAAGGAAAUUGACUUAUGAAUUGCAUAUUGUUUGGAUGCCUUAAUGUGGAGAAUGUGUGAAUUUUUACUCCAAGUCUGUUGAUUGUUUGCUAAUUACUCUUGCAAACAUUAUGUCUUCCAUUUAAAUUAUAUGAAUAAGAGAUCAGAAUAAAAAUAGUUAUUGAAUGUAGUGAGGAAAGAGAUGAAUAAAAGUAGGUGGAUGAAUGGCACAGUUACAUUUAAAUAAUUUAUUUUUUGGUAUUAUUGUACUAAAAUAUUUAAAUAAAAAGCUUUGAUUAUACAAUCCUUGUACGUAACUGCGGUGUUGUAAUAAUGUGUGGGAAAUUUGAAACCUUUAUGUUCAAAUUAGUUUUGUCUCAUGUGGAAAAUAUCAUUAUGGAUUUUAUUGCAAUGUUUUGUGUAAAAUAUUAGCAACUGUUAGCUUCAAUGUAAUGUUAAAAUUUGUAUAGAUUUUAGUGCUUGGAAUACCCUACAAUAUUCCUGCUGUUUGUGGGGAUAUGGACACAAAUGUGCAUCCCCUUGUGGUUGGCUAUAUGAAAACCUGAAAACAUUUUGUGUAAAACACAGAAA